CUGCUUAAGAACGCGUCAUGAAUCUGACAUAGGUUGUUCUUAAACUUCGUAGGAACAAAUUUAAGAGAAUUCUUAAGAAAAUAUUGGUGAAUGAGGCCCAUUGUUCGCCUUCAUCGGCAUAUUAAUUUUACAAUUUGGGGAUGAUGUCUCCUUAACAUCAUAACGGUUUUACAAUUUUAAUAGAGCUUAAAACAUCCGUGACAUUUUAGAAAUGUUUACACUAAAUAACGUGGAAUGGUUUACGUGCUUCUUGCGCAUCACUGCGUCUUAACGAAGCGCUUAGAUUCGAAUAGACCGAAUAACUGACCUGAGAUCAGCUGGAUCGCUGCUCCUGCAGUGAGCCGCGCACCCGAUCUGUUCUGGGUUCGGUGGCCGUAUGUGACGUGUGUGUGUGUCGGUAACCUUACUGCGUCACCCAGCCCGAAAGCGGACAGCUUCCCCUGUUAAAUAACCUGCGGCCAGAAACUGGAAACAUGGACGACGAAGUGUUGACGACUCUGAAAAUACUGAUAAUCGGCGAAAGCGGCGUCGGAAAGUCGAGUCUGCUGUUGAGAUUUACUGAUGAUAUGUUUGAUCCAGACCUGGCAGCAACAAUAGGUGUUGACUUCAAAGUGAAAACCAUUGCAGUCGAUGGAAACAAAGCAAAGCUUGCAAUUUGGGACACAGCGGGACAGGAACGGUUCCGAACUCUGACGCCAAGCUACUAUCGAGGGGCCCAAGGCGUCAUCCUGGUUUACGAUGUUACAAAACGUGAUACAUUUACCAGGCUUGAUAACUGGCUAAAUGAGUUAGAGACAUACUGCACAAGAAAUGACCUCGUGAAAAUGCUGGUUGGAAACAAAAUUGAUAAGGAAAACCACGAAGUAGACAGGAACGAAGGCCUCAAAUUUGCAAGGAAACAUUCCAUGCUUUUCAUUGAGGCAAGUGCAAAGACUCGCGACGGGGUGCAGUGCGCAUUUGAGGAGCUGGUCGAGAAGAUCAUCCAGACUCCGGGACUUUGGGAGAGCGAGUCGCUGAGUCCGGGUUUGCGGCUCUCCCACCAGGACCAGCCGAAGGGGAGCUCCUGUACGGGCUACUGCUCCUUGGCCUAAGUGCAAACCGCUCCAUUUGUUGAAGGAAAGCAUUGUUAUCUUUAUCAUUAUUCAAUGUUCAAUUAUCCUACCCCAGGCCAUACUUGCUGUGGUUGCACCAUGUUGGGGUGUAAAGGGGAGUUCGCCAUUAAGAGAUGCUGCUGUUUGCACAUUAUAAGCUUCACUACUUGAGUUUGUUUAGGAUUUCGUAAAAGGCAUGUCUACGGCUGGCAGAGCUUGGGUCAGGGAUACCGGUCAGGGAUACAGGGAUACGGUCAGGGAACAGCUGGUCUGUUCCCUGUGUGUCAUCAACCCCUCCACAGUGGAGGGUUGGCAAGCACAUUUUGUUGACGUCUUAGCAUCGCUCAUGAUGGAAGCUAGCUGUUUAACCACUAGGUUUUUCAGAAUAAAAGAAUACUUGAUGACAAGUCAGUUAUAAUGGCAGCAAGGGAAUGUAGUUAUAAAGGAGAUAUACCUCACAGUUGAUUAAUAUGUAGAGAUUGUUGAUACGCACUGACUUUUGUUUAUGGAACCUGCAUGAGCAAAAUUAAAUAGCCAAAACUGUCGCUAGAA